AUGAAAAACGAUCGUCGUUGUGCCUCUUUAAGGAAGUGGAAAACGAAAGAAAAAGUGUUCCACCAAGGACUAACAACCGAAAACAGCAACCGUGUCGUCGUCAUUAUAAAAGCAGACGAUCCGGCGGUCAAACGAUCUCAGUUCGCUUGCAGCCUUUUCGCGAUCGAAACCAAUCAAUCGAGGCACUCAACUGUAAAAAUGAAGGGAUUCAUCGCGAUCGCUGUGCUGGCUCUGGCCACUAUCUCCAACGGAUCUUACCUGCCAGCAGUGCAGACAGUUCUCCCGUACACUUACAACUCGGGGCUGUAUGGUCUGAACACCUAUGAUGGUCUGGGUCACUACUCGUCCCUUGCAGGACUUGGAUACUCGUCCGUCCUGGACCAUGGACUAUCGUACCCGUACUCGACCGCUCUUCCGUAUGCUGGCUAUAACAAUGGUCUGUAUGGAGGAUACUAUGGAUCGAAGUACGCUCCGACCGUCGUCCAAGCCAACGUGAAUACUCUGCAGACGGUCAACCCAUGGGGUCUGCAUGGAGGAUACUACGGAUCGAAGUAUGCCCCGACUGUUAUCCAGGCUAACGUGAACACUCUGAAGUCGGUCAACUCGCUGGGACUAUAUGGAGGAUAUGGACUCGGUCAUGGAUACGGACUCGGUCAUGGAUACGGCUAUGGAUACAACAAUUACCUACCAGUUGAGGCUCAUGCUGCCAAGUACGUUGCUGCCAACCCGGGAGCCGUGCAUGGUUUCAUCGCGAUCGCCGUCCUAGCUCUGGCCACUGUCUCCAACGGAUCUUAUCUGCCAGCAGUGCAGACAGUCCUCCCGUAUUCCUACAACUCGGGACUGUAUGGUCUGAACGCCUAUGAUGGUCUGGGUCACUACUCGUCCCUUGCAGGACUUGGAUACUCGUCCGUCCUGGACCAUGGACUAUCGUACCCGUACUCGACCGCGCUUCCGUAUGCUGGCUAUAACAAUGGUCUGUAUUUAGGAUACUACGGAGCAAAAUACGCUCCGACCGUCAUCCAGGCCAACGUGAACACUCUGCAGACGGUUAACCCAUGGGGUCUGCAUGGAGGAUACUACGGAUCGAAGUAUGCCCCGACUGUUGUCCAGGCUAACGUGAACACUCUGAAGUCGAUCAACUCGCUGGGACUGUAUGGAGGAUAUGGAGUCGGUCAUGGAUACGGUUACGGAUACAACAACUACCUGCCAGUUGAGGCUCAUGCUGCCAAGUACGUUGCUGCCAACCCGGGAGCCGUGCAUGUGGCUCCUCUGCCAGGACACCUCGUGAACCAGAAGGCGAUCGUGGCUUGA